AGCCUCGUUGUCGCGCGGGGCUGGCGGGGAGCGCGGCGCGGCCAUAUUGUGGGGAGUCGGAGGGUUUUCGAGCGGCGAGUCCGGCCGCUCCGACCUGAGGGGAGCUCAGCAGGUUCACACACACACGUACAGAUAAAACCUAAAAAAAAAACCCUACAAAACAAAAAGAAGGAAUAAUCAUAAAUAUCCAGAGAUAGGGAAGUAAACUCGGAGUGGAAAAAAUUAAAAAAGCGACACCCCCACUCACACACAGAUAUAUAUAAUAUAUAUAUAUAUAUGUAUGAAAAACCAACAAUUCUGCCCACAGAAAGAGAGAAACAGCAAGUCCCCGCUCCCAGGAACAGGCGAAGUGAGGACGUUCACGAUCCUAAAGACCAGACUAGUGGCCUCUGUCAGCUAUCGGUCUUUCAGCGCUAAAGGAUACUGUAGGGUACGAUUCUACAGACGGCCUUAUUUCUGGGAAUUUGUUUGAAAAUAUGUCCAUGUUAGACAUUGAAAUGUGACUCAUCAUCCAGUUUCAGCUCCCAGCAUCUCAGCCAUCAGUGACCAGGCUUUGAGGCUUGAUGAGAACAUUUUUUCAUUGGCUUUGGAAAUGGAGCGAAGGUGGCAACUCUGAUUUGAAAGCCGGGCCACGACAUAAUACUUUUUUUUAAAUGACUCGUGAGCGUGCUCUCUUUUUGGACAAAUUCUUGAGGAGUGAGCCACGAAAGACCCUUCACACUCUGCUGAUUGUCAAAACGGAAGAUAAUUACCUGCCCCCUGGCUGCUGAGCCACUCAACAUCUACUUCUGAGCUCCCCUCUGGCCUCCUAUGAGACAUGGCAGGACCUGUGCCAAGCAGGGCCAGAGUUUACACUGAUGUAAACACACACAAACCAAGAGAAUACUGGGAUUAUGAAUCUCAUGUUGUGGAAUGGGGAAAUCAAGAUGACUACCAAUUAGUUCGUAAAUUAGGCCGAGGGAAAUACAGUGAAGUGUUUGAAGCCAUUAACAUCACAAACAAUGAAAAAGUAGUUGUUAAAAUACUUAAGCCUGUAAAGAAGAAGAAAAUAAAGCGUGAAAUUAAAAUAUUGGAGAAUCUGCGUGGCGGUCCAAAUAUUAUCACACUCGUAGAUAUUGUCAAAGAUCCUGUGAUCUCUGUUUGUAUUGUACCCAUUUCUAGCAUCAAGCACUCCCAGUCACGGACGCCAGCUUUGGUUUUUGAACACGUAAACAACACAGAUUUCAAGCAGCUGUAUCAGACCUUAACAGAUUAUGAUAUACGGUUCUAUAUGUAUGAGAUUUUGAAGGCUCUGGAUUAUUGCCAUAGUAUGGGAAUCAUGCACAGAGAUGUGAAACCACACAAUGUUAUGAUAGACCACGAGCACAGAAAGUUGCGACUGAUUGACUGGGGUCUGGCAGAGUUCUAUCAUCCUGGACAGGAAUAUAAUGUCCGAGUGGCCUCCAGGUACUUCAAGGGACCUGAAUUACUUGUAGAUUAUCAGAUGUACGAUUAUAGCCUAGACAUGUGGAGUUUAGGAUGCAUGCUGGCUAGCAUGAUCUUCAGAAAAGAGCCCUUCUUCCAUGGUCAUGACAAUUACGAUCAGUUGGUGCGAAUAGCCAAAGUGCUAGGCACAGAAGAUCUGUAUGACUAUAUUGACAAGUACAACAUUGAGCUGGACCCUCGGUUUAAUGACAUUCUGGGCAGACAUUCUCGUAAAAGAUGGGAACGCUUUGUCCAUAGUGAAAAUCAACACUUGGUUAGCUCAGAAGCACUGGAUUUCUUGGAUAAGCUUCUACGAUAUGAUCAUCAAACACGUCUAACGGCACGAGAAGCUAUGGAGCAUCCUUAUUUUUAUCCAAUUGUGAAAGACCAGACCCGAAUGGGCUCCUGUGCUAACAUGCCAACUGGUAGCACUCCAAUCAGCUCAGCCAGUAUGAUGUCAGGGAUCUCUGCAAUGCCAACCUCAUCACCACUGGGACCUCUUGCUGGCUCACCAGUCAUCUCUGCUACCAACACCCUUGGGACGCCGGUUCCAGCCACUGCAGGGGCUCAGCCUUAACAUCGCCCUCCUGACUACUUGUAACCCUGGCAACCGCCUGGUCACCCUUCUCCCCUCCACGUCACUCCUCCUCGGAAACAUGGGGAACCAGCUGGUCGUGUCACAUCUGAGCAGUUGCUUAUGGAUUCUCCUGAAUUCAAUCAUUUGAAAAGGAAAAAAAAGUCUGAUUUUUACCUGAGAAUUUUUUUUUCGUGUUUUGUAUGUCACCAGACUUGGAGACAGUAAAUCUCUCUUAGUCCUAACUAGGCCAUAUGUAAUGCCUCUUUGUCAGAAAUUGUUGCCUACACACUGUUCUCAUGCACUUGUUCAGUGUUACCAUGUUUUUCCCUUGGGUUUUGAGUGGAGUUCAAGCAGAUGAUGUCACAUUGCGAGAAUUGUCUGCUGUAAUAAUUUAGUGGUUCAGAAAUAAUUUUCUUUGGAACACUCAAAUGAUUUUUUUCAUUAAAGUCUUAUUCCCAGACAUUAGAGUAAAGGGAGUAAGUGUGAGUUGCAUUUUUAUUGUCUAAAAACCAAAUAGUGCUAAAUGGAAUAUUGCAUCUGAAAUGAAACCUGUUAGGAAUAUGAAAUACCUGAAGCACGGCAUUAAAUUUGUAGUGUGCUUUUGAAGGUACUCUAUUGAAACUGUUGUUAAUUAAGAGUACAUUUAAAAGCUAAUAUGUUCCUCCGACCACAAAUACAUUCUUUGCUUGGAAAAUCCAAGCAAGUUGUGAUUUUUGUUUUCUCCUCUUCAUAAGCACACCACACGUGACAAAACAAUGAUUAUCAGAGUUCCAACCAUGGUGGAUUUGUUUUCAAACUCUUAAACUGAAGGUUUUUAAUCCUUUUAAGAAUGUUGAAACGAGAAAGUAGCACCAUUAACAUUUGCACCGUGUUGUCAACCAAUUUAUAUACUUAUUUCUUGCUGUCUAUUAUUUUUUCACUUGCCUUUUAUUUAAGUCAAUUAAGCAGCAUUUGGGGUGGGGAGGUUGUGGAAUUUGGAAGUGGGGCUCCAAGGAAUUUUGUGGACUACGUGUAGGGAAUUUUUAUUUUAGAAAAACAUGGAAACAAAAUUGUUGAUUAGCGGGAAGGUAGUUGAGUAAAAACUCUGCUUGACUACAUUUUAUUAAACAGCCUCUGGUUGUACAUUCAUCAUCCAGUUAGGUGCAUUAUUUGUUCUUUUGUUCUGCAUUUUUAUCAUUGUGCUCUGUUAUCUGGCUUCUCAGACCUGUGGUAGGUCAGGCUCAGGUCAGUGUGCAGAUUCAGUCACCUGCAAUUCCACUUUGAAGAGGAGCAGGUUAGUUGAGACAGUUCUGCAUGUCGGACAUGUCCCAGGCUUGAAGAUGAUCACUUGGGUGCUGAAACCUCCUGAUGUUUAUUUAAUGGCAGUAUAUUGCAAUACUAGCAAAGUUUGGAGUGGUAAUACUCCUUUACAUUCACUUGCAUGACUGAAUGCAGAGUAAUGUUUUUGUUUCAGCCCUACUCUAGCCAAAUGUAACUCAAGAUAAACUCUUGAAAAGAUCAGUGUGAAUAUGUGACCUGAAAAAGUUCCACAUGGUUGUUAUUCAAGAAAAAGAUAAGAUUUUUUUUGUGUCAGAAGAGGCAAAAAGUCCAACUUUAUUCACCCUUUGAACUGUUUACCAGGAAGCUACUUUCUUUGGAAGUGGGAACUUGAUGCAAAUGGGGUACAAAAGUAGGUGUCAUUUGUGCACAUUGACACAUGGGUAGACAAGAGAUACCUAGGCAUUUGUCUGUUGUUUAUUUUGUGAGGCUCUAUCAAUGUAUAUACUGCAUUGUGAGUAAAAACUGGACUCAUGGGCAAACAGAAAGUGACUUAAUCUUAUGCCAAACCCUGUGCUCUUGAUGCUUGUCUGUCUUUGCCUUACCCCCUUCCUAUUCCAAAGGAAGAGAUCAUCAUUGAGCUAUCAUCAUUGAGCUAUCAUCAUUGAGCUAUCAUCAUUGAGCUAUCAUCAUUGAGUUAUCUUAUUCAAAUUUCAAAGAAAAAUAAAGUGCAAGCAAUAGCAUUGUUAUCUUCCUGGCUUAUUUUGGGUAAUUCCUUUUUAACUUAGUCAAUGCUUUACCAAAAAUGUGACCCAAUGGAGAACAGCAUAGUGGAUCAGUUUUUGUGUGAAAUGCAGUCUGAAAUGGCUGUUAAAAUAUUUCAGUAAGUUAAUGACCAUUUUGGAUAUUUGGGCCAGGUGCUGAUUUUAUUUUUGUAGUUUUGAUUCAAUUUAUUCUGAAGCUGGAUAGAAAUUUUAAAGAGUUCCCACUUUGCAUUAUUUGAGAUUACUAACCAAUCUUGAUCAAUGGGGCCACUUGGCUGAGGAGUGGCAGAUGGAGUUUAAUUUGGAUAAAUGCGAGGUAUUGCAUUUUGGUAAAAUAAACAAGAAUAGGACUUAUACAAUUAAUGAUGGUGCCCUGGGCCAUGUUUUAGAACAGAAGGAACUAGGGAUUCAGGUACAUAAUUCUGUGAAAUUUACAUCACAAGUAAACAGGGUGGUUAAGAAGGCACUUAAUCCACUUUCAUUGCUCAGAGCUUUGAGUAAAUGAGUUGGGACAUCACAUUGAGGUUGUGCAGGACGUUGGUGAGGUCUCUCUGUGCAGUUCUGGUUGCCCUGUUAUAGGAAGGAUAUUGUUAAACUGGAGAGGAUCCAGAAAUGAUUGACCAGGAUGUUGCUGGAAAUGUGGCGUGAGUGUUACAAGGGUAAACCGGAUAGGCUGGGACUUUUUUUGCUGGAGCAUAGGAGAUUGAGGGGUAACACUUAAUGUUAGGACCUUGAGUCAUGUUGUAGAACAGAGAAGCCAAGUGGUUCAGCUACAUAAUUCUUUGAAAUUUACAUCACAAGUAGAGAAGGUUUUUAGAGGUUUAUAAAAUCAUGAGGUGAAUAGCAAAGGUCUUUUCCCUAAGGUGAAUAGGUUCAAAACUAGGAGACAUACUUUUAAGGUGAGAGGAGAAAGAUUUCAAAAAGGACAUAAGGGGCAACUUUUUUUUGCUCAGAGUGGUUAGUGUGUGGAAUGAACUGCUAGAGGAAGUGGUGGAUGCAGGUACAGUUACAACAUUUAAAGACAUUUGGAUGAGUACAUGAAUAGUAAAGGUUUGGACCAAACACCGCCAGGUGGGGCUAGUUUAGUUUGGGAGCAUGAUCAGUGUGGACUAGUUGGAUCAAAGAGCCAGUUUCCAUGCUGUAUGACUCUAUCACUUUAACUGGUAUAAAUAGACAAUGCACUUUUUCGCACCUGUUUUCUCCCUGAAGUCACAUUCCAUUUGAUGCUGAUGGUUCAUUAGCACAAUGAUGCAACAGUGCAUCACAGAUGUUGCAGUUUCACAGUAAAUAUUUUUAGCCUCCUUUUUAAGUUUCUAGCAUUUCUAGGCCUUUGAUUUAGAGUUCCAUUAGUUGAGAGAUCAAGAUGCUUUUCAGAUUUGAAAUUCGAGCAGAACGAACUUAUCUCAAUUCAGGAUCUAUGGAAAAAUUGAGAAUACUUCUAAAAACAAACUGAUAAAAUGCCCAAAGAAAGAUUUCUUGUGAUACAUUGCACAUCAUAUAACUUGUAUAGUUUAUGGCUGUGUCUCACUUUACAUUUACAAACCUUGUAUCUGUGUCGUGCUACUGUGCAACCAUUAAGAAGUGGAUGUCAAUAUUUGCCAACUGUUCACUAUGAAAUAUGAAGAUACCAAGAAGGGGGUUCGAGAUUGGAAUAAAACCUAUAUAUGAAAGAGGGGGCUUGAUCAAUGUUACAAAGCUGAUUGUUGUUCACUCCUAAAGGCUUAUGGUCUUCUUUAAACAGUUGGUUUGAAUUACAGUAUUGUAAAAGCACUUGGGUAUCUCAUUCAUAUUAUAUUACUGCAGUACACUGGUUCCACUGUUUAAUAUUGCUGUGCUUAUAAGCACCAUCUAGUUGUACAGAAUCAACAGCACAUAACUUUUGAAAUUCUUGGGUCCACUUCAAUGUAUGUAUAUAUUGAUACAACAACCUCAGCCCUUGGAGAAGUGAUGAUUAAAAUAGUCAUCAUUGAACAGAUAUAGAAUGUAUCUAUUGUUUUGAAUUUCCUACCGAAACCAAUAAUAUGUUUUAAAUUUCUAAGCUUCAACACGUCAGACGUUGCCUCCUUUUUUUUUCCAAAGUAAAUGGCCAUUUACACUUAUUUACACAAUUAAAUGGAGCUGAUUGUUAUCCUGCAGUCUUAGGAAUAACUGAUUUAGUUGUGAAAUGCAUUUAGAUUUGACAGAUGAUCUGUCAGAAAAUAAAUUGCUAAAAUUACAAGUCUCUGCUUUGUUUUAACAUUAAUUGGAGAAGUAUUGAAAGUCAGUUUUACAGUAAAUUUCUUGUGAGCCAUCGUAUCGAAACACCUAUGCUUGUGGUAUGGAUAAACCCAAACCGCUAAUCACUCAGCAAGCCCAGUUUGUUUCAGAAACACAACUUGUCACCAUGUCAUGGUCAUGAUAACACAAACAUAUAUGCUGUAUAAUAUCUUGAUUUUAGACUUUGAUAGCCUAUAGAACAUACAGAAACAUUGUUUCUUUAAUUGCAUUGAGUGACAGGAAUGGAAUUAUAAUUGUCGAGCUUUCCUUCGGGAUUUUUAAGCAUAAUCUGAUAUACCCAAGUAGAUUGGAGAUCUCUGUUCUAGUCUUUUCUGUCCUUAUCCCCAUUGUCUACCACUUCCCCAAACUUGUGCAGCACUUUUCCCCUCCUUCAAUUGAAUGCCAUGGAGUAGUUCAUGUUUUCACGUACAGAGGAGUGGACAAUGCUAAUGCUGACCCAAGAUUUCAUGGUUGUGAUUAUUAUCUCUCAACUAUUUAAACUAACUGGCAAUACUUUAUAAGAGAUGCAUCAUUGUCAUUUAUUCCAGUCCUCCCUUUUUAUGCAGCACAAUCUCUUUGCCCAAAGCGACAGCAUUCUCAACUAAAUGGCAGUUACCUCCAGGAAGCAAACCGGAAGCAUUCAGUGCUAACCCUGUCAUGUAAAACUUCAGCAAUUCAAUAGUAAGUUCCUUUUUUAGGGAUAUGGGAUAUUAAUGCAAUGCUGCAGCUUUUUCACAGGAGCUCACCUUUGCAUAUAAUGAGCCAACAACAGAAGUGGGUUGGAAAAAGGGAAGACAGUCAUUAAAUUGCUGUGCCAACACUGUUAUCUAUUAAUUCAGGUAAAAUUGAUUGGAUAAACAUAUAGUUUGGUUUUGGAAUUCUGAAUUUGUGGUGUUUUUAUUAUACAGGCCGGUGUAAUUGCAUUUCCCUUGAGUUAUGUGCGUGCAAGCAUUUUCGGUACCACUGACACGAUAUUUUAGCAGCUACAAUGUUCUGAAAGAGCCUAAGUUGAUAUUGAAUAAUGGUACAGUGUGUAAACAUGCUUUGGCAUGUUGAGGCCAAAUGAAGUACCUUGCCUGUGUGAAACUCACUGAAGCUGUCUGAAGAGGUCCUGUGUAAAACAUUGCUACAAUAUUGAGAAUUCUCAUUGAUGAAGGCGGCCUCUGUAAUGGAGUUACCGAAUGUUGCAGCAUCUGGUUUAUUUGUAGAUUUGUUUUUACGUGUGUAUAGUUUAGACACUAGAUGGCAAAAGAAAUGAGCUUGAAGACAUACAUAUUAACUUCUGUUUUACUACAAAUCAACAGAAGCAACUGAGCAGAUGGAAGACAAAUUUGCAAUGACAGUGGAACUCUAGUUGGACUUAAUGCCAUUCAUUGCAGAAUAACAAUGUUAACUGCAUCUGUAAAUUACCUCAUGUAUUUGAAAACUAUUUUACUUCAGCACCUUUAUGUCACAUUCAAUUUUGAAGGUUAAAAGCCAAUAUUUUACAGUGCUGCUGAAUGCAACUAUUAAUUUGUUUUAAAAAUAUACAAGAAAAAUCACUAGAAUGAAAAGAUAUGUUUUUAAUGUUGAGAGUUUUCAAAAAAAACCCUGCAGGUUGUAAUUUUAUUCUUGUUCAACUGAGUUUUGUGUGCUAGAGGGAAAAAUGAAAAUUGUGCCAAUGGGGUGUGUUUUUUUUUGUUGAAUACUUAAGUUGCAAAUGUUCAGUUAAAUAAAAUGCAAGAAUGGUGACAGCCAGUCUGCCCUAUCAGUGCCUGGAACAGAUAUUUCUCUAUCCACAAAAACCUGUCUUCCCUUAUGUAGCAUUUAUUGAACUUGAAUUUGAGUGAGAACGGUGCAUAGUGGGAGUUGGGGAAAGCACUAGAAUGGGAUAUAGAUCCAUUUUCUGUAAAUUAAUGGCAACCAUAUAUAUAAACUCCUUGGAAAAUUAUGGUGCAUUAAGCACAAAUUUCCUUUUGAACACAGUUGAGGUGCAAAGUGUGCCUGUCAAAGGUCACAUUCAUGUUUCACUUUUAAAUGAAUGUAAGUUAUGAUUAAGAGGAUCAUCUUAAGGCAUUGCAGUGCUUAUUUUUAAUGGGGUGCCUGUCUGUGUCAGCCACCUGUACUUAUGGUUUUUUUUUCCUUUUUCACCCUUUUUGGGACACACUAUGGUAUGAUGCCAUUAAAAAUAUACAGAAAUACUUGUUCACUGUGCAGUGGUGCUACUGUAUCCGAACACCAAUAAAUAUUCUACCACCUUA